UGAAAUUUGAAAUAAAGUAUUUUAGCCAUUACACAACACUGAAUUGUAUAUGUAUGAUUUUGAGUGUUGUCACAGACUGAGUUUUGGCAAUAAGUACAUUUUUUAGAUGAUAGCAAUGGACGAGCAGCGCGGCGAUAAAGUCUAUGGCGGUUGUGAGGGGCCAGACGCCAUGUACGUCAAACUGAUUUCGUCAGAUGGACACGAAUUUAUUGUAAAACGGGAACAUGCUCUCACCUCUGGCACAAUUAAGGCAAUGUUAUCUGGCCCAGGACAAUUCGCGGAAAACGAGGCUAAUGAAGUGCACUUUCGGGAGAUUCCAUCGCAUGUCUUACAGAAGGUGUGCAUGUACUUCACAUACAAAGUUCGAUAUACCAAUAGUUCAACCGAAAUACCAGAAUUUCCGAUUGCACCAGAGAUUGCCUUAGAACUUUUAAUGGCAGCUAAUUUUCUAGAUUGCUAAGUUAUUGGUUAACUUAAUAAUGUUAAAUAAAAAAUUUCAAAAUGAAUAAAAAUGUAA